AAAUUAGGCCGAAAACUUGUUGCCUAGAUGUUCUUGUGUCUGCGAAAGACCGCUGCAUUUUUUCAGGCCGCACUAUUCGUCUUCUUCCUUGCAGGCUUGUACGACAAAUUGCUACUGUAUGGAUCAGACAAUAGAUCGGUGAAAGACGUCCUCCUGUGAAUAGAUGGUUGUGCAACAAACAAGGAAAAGAAAACUAUGUAUACUCGUAUACAUAUCCUGAAAUGAUGAUGCAAGUUAAAACCCUAGAUCCGCCACCACCACCAUGGCCACCGGGAUUUACCGUCUUCCCCAACCUCAAACCCCCGCAUAGGACCCUACCUUUCCACCAAUUUCUGGUCCUCUUCCUCACCUUCACUGCCUACUCUUCCUUUCAUGCCUCCCGUAAACCUCCAAGUAUUGUCAAAUCCAUACUUGGCCCCGAAGUCCAAACUGCAAACACCACGAUCCACGUCGUGGCUUCGGUGUUUAACUCCGACCCAUUUCAAUCCAGCCAAAACCUAGGUAAAAAUGCCACUGGGUGGGCUCCGUUUAAUGACCUACGUGGAACCCACCGUCUGGGGGAGCUGGAUCUUUCAUUCCUAUUGGCCUAUUCUGUUGGGAUGUAUUUCGCUGGCCACAUUGGUGAUAGCUUUGAUUUGAGGCUGUUCUUGACUAUAGGAAUGGUGGGCAGUGGCUGUUUAGUGAUAUUUUUCGGGUUAGGCUACUUUCUUGACGUGCAUUCUUUCGCAUUUUUCGUGAUUGUUCAGAUUUUGUGUGGAUUGUUUCAGUCCAUUGGUUGGCCUUGUGUGGUUGCAGUGGUAGGCAAUUGGUUUGAGAAGUCCAAAAGAGGGUUGAUCAUGGGGAUAUGGAAUUCUCAGGCCUCGGUUGGUAACAUUAUUGGUUCAGUAGUAGCUUCUUCAGUGCUGGGAUUUGGGUGGGGUUGGUGUUUCGUCUUACCUGGGACUUUGAUUAUAAUUGUGGCAGUUCUGGUGUAUUUGUUUCUUGUUGUCAGUCCUGAAAAUGUUGGAUUUGAGUUUCCGGAAAUGGAGAUUGAGAUGAGUGUGGAGGCAGUUGCGUUGGUGGAUUCAGAAAAAGUUGAAUCAGGAGAAGAGGGAUUUGUUGGUUCUGUGGAUGAGGGUGUUUCAGUUGCAAUUGGAUUCCUGGAAGCUUGGAGGUUGCCGGGAGUGGCCCCUUAUGCUUUCUCCCUGUUCUUCUCCAAGCUUGUUGCUUAUACCUUUCUUUAUUGGUUGCCUUUUUACCUAAGGCACACAGCCAUUGGCGGGGUGCACGUGUCUCACAGAACUGCUGGCAUCCUUUCAACGAUUUUUGAUAUUGGAGGUGUUGCUGGUGGCAUUCUGGCUGGAUUCAUAUCUGACCUAAUUGAAGCUCAAGCUGUUAGCUCUCUUCUAUUCUUCUUGUUAUCGAUUCCAGCCCUUGUUUUGUAUCGCAUUUAUGGAAGUGUGUCUAUGGUAUGGAAUAUUGCAUUAAUGUUUGUUUCUGGGUUGCUGGUCAAUGGGCCGUACUCGCUAAUUACCACAGCUGUUGCCACUGAUCUUGGUACCCAGAGUGUGAUUAAAGGUAACUCUCGUGCCUUAGCCACGGUGUCUGCAAUCAUAGAUGGUACUGGUUCUGUUGGGGCAGCAAUUGGGCCCCUUCUGGCUGGUUACAUAUCAACUGGAGGAUGGAACAGCGUGUUUUUUAUGCUCAUUGUUUCAAUAUUCUUGGCAAGCUUGUUAUUGAUUCAUCUUGUAAAGAAUGAGAUUAAAGGAAAGCUGAAUGAGGGAAAAUGGCUUUGGUUCCAUGUGAUUACUCAUUAACUAUAAACUCUAGUCUACAGUAUUAUACACAUUUAUCGUCUAUUAUGUGAGAGACAGGAUUGUUUAUUGCCAUUGAGACUACGGUUACUCCGGUGAUAGUUCGUGUAUCUUACCAGAGAAAGGAUUCCUACAUUGUAUACUAGUAUGCCGGAUAAAUCAUAUGAUUCUUGUACUAUGAUUUUGCAUUCUUGAGCUACCAUUUGGUCGUUCCUUUGUAUCAUAUUGUAGUAUUGGCGGAAGAGUAUAGAAAUCUAUGAGAUGAAAUUUUGUUACCUUUUUUAGAGAAAUGUUGUACUUUGUAA